AGGAGUAGACCAGGUCACGGUGAGGGAGCUUACACUGCACUAAAACACAUCAGCCUGCCGUCUGUGCAACAGGACAUUUUCAGGAAUAUUUCUGGUGCAUCUUUCCUCCUCUUGGCUCUCCACCAUGAAGAUAUUGGCUCUGGGAUUUUGCAUACUGGCUCUGCUGGCACUAGCCAAGGCCACAACUACCGCCGUCGCCUCAACCGCCACUACUGCGUCUGCUACAGCUGUCACCCCAACCAUGUCUACAACUGUGGCCCCAGCCACGUCUACGACUGUGGCCCCAACCACGUCUACAACUGAGGCCCUAACCACGUCUACAACUGUUGCCCCGACCACGUCUACAACUGUGGCCCCAACCACGUCUACGACUGUUGCCCCAACCACGUCUACGACUGUUGCCCCAACCACGUCUACAACUGUGGCCCCAACCACGUCUACGACUGUUGCCCCAACCACGUCUAUGACUGUUGCUCCGACCACGUCUACAACUUUGGCGUCAACCACGUCUACGACUGUUGCCCCGACCACGUCUACAACUGUGGCCCCAACCACUCCUACAAGUGUUGCUCCAACCGCCUCUACAACUGUCGCCCCGACCAAAUCUACAGCUGUUGCCCCAACCAACACGAGUGAUAUGACCACCCCUCCACCGAAGACUACAACCACUUCCCCAGCCACAACAACCACAUCUGCGAACACCACCAGCUCACAUAUUACUGCGACUCCUACGAUCAACCUGACCACCACCACAAGUACAACCACCUUGACAACAACAACCACCACACACAACGGAGGCUCAAGCUUUAAAGCUUCUCUGCUGUUUUCUGUUGUGCCAUUGAUGCUCUACACACUCUGCUGAAGAGCUGAAAAACUCGCCUAAAGGAUUAAGACUCUUGUUCCUUAAUGUGCUAAUGUUUCUGGAAAUAAAUGUAGGUGGAGUUGGACUAACUUUAAUCCAAAGAAAGAACUGAAGGAUGGAAUAAAAUCUGUGUACAGUACAGUAUGUAUAUUCCAGAUUGUUCUUAAAUUAUUGUAAUUAUGUAUAUGAAUGAAUUUGAGGUAUUUGUUCAGUUUGCAGAUUAGUAUAAUCUUGUCAUGUAGAUCUGAACUCAGAGGAAGUAUUACUUAAGUACUUAAGUCCUGCAUUAAAAAUGUCACUCACGUAAAAGUAUGUAAGUUGAAUCAGGAAAAUGUAUUUAAGUAUGAAAAUGAAAGUACCAUAAAAUGUUUUUGCAUGAAAAAUGACAAAAUAGAUUUUAAUUGAUUUUCCACUUAAGCAACUAAUUGUCAUAGCUGCAUUUGUGGUUUGUUUUAUAUGGUUUGUGCAGAAAAAAAUCUUAAUAUGUAAAGUGGAGAGUUACCAGAUAACUGUAGUGGUGUUAAGAGGACAAUAUUUUCUUGUGAAGUGUAGUAGAUUAGAAGUAGAAAAAGUAGAAAGUGACAUGAGUUUAAUAUAAAGGUAUCUCAAAUUUGUAAUUACUGUAAAUACAGACUUCCUCUACUGGCAUCAGGAAUAACUUGUAAAUAAGGAAGUGAUGUGACGAAUAAAGCUACUAAUAUAUGUGUGGCAGAACUCUCUAUUUCAGUGUUUAGUGAGUUAGUUUGAACUGUGAUUGUUGCGCUGUCUGUAUACACACAUACUCAUAUAUUAAACUAAAAUUAUAACAUUAA